AUGCGUAUGUGGAGACAACCGGAGCUCGCCAGACAAGUCCAUCGACUCGACCUAUGCUGGUCACAAUGUGACCAGCAUGAUCCAUUAGAAAUGAACGACGAGAUGCAAAGCUUCAUCAAGCAUGCGCUGGAAGACAUCUUCACCACGGAAGAGCAAGAGCAAAAGGAAUUGUGGACAGAGCAUCUUCAUGGGGAGGAGGGAAUAUGCGGAGAAGCAUGGUUGGGCCUAUUUCUUGUCCGGCUAACCAACCUCCGAAUUCUUGAGUUCCAGCAUGAACAUUCCGACCUCGUAUCCGAAAUCCUGCUCAAGGCGGCGAAACGCCAGCAGCCAUUUCACCACGAGCCGCCGUUUCCUCACUUAAAAGAGGUCCGAGCCUGUGUUGCCUGGGGGGCUUCGUGGAUUGAUUCGGGCUUUGUGGAGCCUUUCUUUUAUUUCCCUCAAGUCCGCAAGAUCUACGGAACCGCAAUAGGCGAGAAAAAAGAUGAAGAUAUGGACCUCAAAAGUUACCAAGACGUGUGCCCUGUCCAGGAUAUUACUGUGGAAGAGGGUUACUGGUGUCGCGGUAUGCUGGACUGGCUCGCAGUGUGUACACAUCUUGAGCACAUUUCCAUCAGAGUCGAGAUACAGGCAGACGAAUAUGACCUCGAUGAGGAGAAGCAGUUCGAUGCCUCGAAAUUCCGCUUGGCUCUUCUUCCAUUUACAACAACUCUCAAGACCCUACGCAUCGGCUAUGGAGAUGCAUAUAAAGAUCAAGUGGUUGCUGAAAAGGAUGUUGUUGAAAACCCUUUCGGAUCUUUUAAAGACUUUAAUGUCCUCGAAACACUUAAAGUCAGACAUGAUCAUCUGAUGAAAUCUCCCGAUAACUCCAUACUUAACUGGGAUAUGAAGCCACUUACGGAAAUCUUGCCCCAUUGCCUCGUGAAUCUGGAAAUCACAGACAUUAUGUUUGAUUACCACCUCGAGCUAUCAUCGCAGCUUUUGAAACUCUUGCGCGCCGUGAACUUUUCAGUGAAUCUUAGAAAAUUAAAGCUAGGCAUUUGCCUCGCGGAUGGAGAGGAGUUAGGUGAUGUAUUUGAUGAUCUCAAGCUUGAAUGUCAAGUUGCCAAUGUCUGCCUGAAGAUUGAGAUAGCCUGA